AGGUAGUGCUAGAAUUAAUUUCUAUAACGAAAAGUUUUAAAGGCAAGUCUGCUAUUGUAAAAGAUAUAAAUUUAAGUCUUACAAAAGGACAAGUAAUUGCGUUAAUUGGUAAUUCAGGAUCUGGUAAGACAACUAUAUUGCAGAUUGCAGGGUUAUUGGAUAAGCCCACUUCAGGUACAGUUUUAAUAAAUGAAAUAAACUGUACACAAGCAAAUAACAAACAAAAAACUUACGUGAGAAGAAAUUUUCUCAGUUUUGUCUAUCAGUUUCACCACCUACUGCAAGAAUUAUCGAUAUUAGAAAACAUUAUGCUUCCCCAACUCAUUGCGGGAAAAAGUAAAAGUGAAGCUAAGAAAGCAUCACAGAAAAUACUAGAGAAGCUUAACCUGGCAGAUAAAGCAAAUAAUAUGGUGUCUGAAAUUUCUGGAGGAGAAAGGCAAAGAAUUGCAAUAGCAAGAAGUAUUGUAAAUUCUCCAACGCUUCUACUUGCAGAUGAGCCAACAGGGAAUUUAGAUCCAUCAAAUGCUUUGGAUGUAUUCCUAUUGUUGUAUUCAUACGUCAAGGAAAACAAUUGCUCUAUGCUUAUAGUAACACAUAAUCACUGUCUUGCAGAAAAAGCAGAUUGUAUUUUAGAGUUAAGGGAUCAAUCAUUAAAACCUCUUCAUGAAACAAGCAUUUCUGCACUUUGCCGUUCAAAAUAG